GUUGUUUCUAUAUAACAAAUUAAUUAAUUCUCAAAAUAAAAAAAAUGCGUUUCAUUCUUUCUUUAAUCUCUGCUGCUUUAUUAGCUUCUUCUUUUGUUAAUGCUGCUCCCGCUUCUGUAGAAGAAGUUAACUCUCUUGCUUCUGAUGCCUUCUCUAUGCAACAAGCAUUAUCUGUUGCUGCUGCUGCUGAAUCAUCUGCUGAUGGUAAUGAUGUCUUCGUUUCUGCCCUUGCUCGUCUUAAGGCUGAAUACGGUGUUCUUUCUGAUGACUCUGCUGUCUCUGCUGCUGCAUCUGCUUCUGCUUCUGAAGCUAAUCUUUCUGUCAGUGAAUACCUUGCCUCUGCAAAUAUCUUAGAAAAGCGUCAUAAAGACUGGAAGGAUGACGAGGAUGACGAAGAUGACGAAGAUGACGAAGAU